AUGCCUGAACUCUCCAAAGACGCAGGCGGCCUCGUCACAAUGAUUGACAAAGUGGCGGUAGGACCGAACGUCAAUGGUGAAAUCACGUAUAUCCAUGUCGAUCCUCUGGGCCCGCCCGCUAUCGCCAGCGUCCUCAUCCUUCUUUUCUUCUACUUCUACCUCUACCCCAUCGUUAUGAAGACUGUCUUCGGUAUCGACCCGCAAGAGAAAUCGAUCCUUAAACGCCGAUUCUUCAUUCCGAGAAUGCCGUGGCCGCGUCAGCAUCGGAACCGCCAGUCGAAUAACGAGUCCGGGGGCGCACAGAAGGAAGCGGAGGAGAAGAGGAUGAGUGAUGCGGAAGCGGGGAUGUCACCGCGCUCGCAAUUCUACAAGCUCAACAAUGGUCCAGCUUUCGAGCUCAGUUUCCCGAACAUGCAUGGCACCUCCGAUGCUCAUCCAAUGACAAUUGACGACGUCAAGAAACUAGGCAGAGAGGACGAUUCGGAUUCAGAUUCGAGCACAGAGGACAUGGAGCACAUAGACUUGUCUGAGUCUGCGAAUCCUGCAGUCAAUCGAACCGUCGUCUGA